GAGAGAGCAAAACGACAAGCAAAUGAUCGCCCAUUCUCCGACCACACUUCGUACAAUCGAACAAGCCUCCGUUAACCAUACUCUCUCAUUUCCCAAUGAUCUUUGCCUCAACCCCUCUCAAUAGCAACCCUUAAACCCGAGAGGGUUUCACUGGAAUUUGGAAACCGACACAACCACUCGCUUUUACUCCUCUAAUCACGUGAAAAAUCACUCCAUCGCCCUUGUUAAACCCUCUUCCUCUCACUUAUAUUUUCCCUUUCUUAAAUCCGUAUUGGAAGAACACGAUACGAUAACUUGGGUUCCGCUAGAAUUUUGUCGGGUGGGACAGAUUGGCAUGUUGUGGUUUUCUCGACUUCUUCUUCUUUUUGUUAAAAUAUCCUUUCCUGUUAGGUCGAGAAGGGUUUUGUCCUUGUUUCCCAGUUUCUGUCAUGAUGUAUGUUGAACUAAGAACUUACCUUAAGAGCUAAAUCCCAGAUUUUGGGAAAAAGUUCGUGUCCUCUGAUUUUUGGGUUGACUCUGGUUUAUGGCAAAAGAUAAGCUUUUUGCGGUUGUCCCUUUGAAUUCGUCAAUUCUGGCUUAUUUCGUGCCAAUCACCAGUCGAUGGGCCCUUGUUUUGUUCUGAUUGUGGUUAUUGCAAAAUAUUAGACUUGCUGCGACUAUUCUGGGUGUGUUACGCGCCGAUCAGGAUUUGAUGGGUCUUGGAACAAAUUAGCGAUGGAUACUUGUGGGGACGAGGAAGACGAAUUCUUUGAUGCCCGCGAAGAGGUCUCAUCUAUCUCCGACUGCAACUCCGAAUUCUCCGAUGACUUCAGUUGUCUUAUUGAUCAAGAAACCGGCGGUUUUGAUCUCUGGAACCAGAAUCCGGAGAGUGUUCUCAGUCGCCGACGUAGGUUUUUCGAAUCCAUGGGCUUUAGCUUCAAAAAAGCUUCAGCAAACGAUUAUGGAGAUAAAGAUCAGUCCGACGAAACGGGAACCCCUCGCUCAUAUCACUCGGACCAAUCUCCGUCUGACGAUUACGUUGAUAGAGUGAAGAACAUGUUGUUGAGGAACGAAUCUAAUGGAGACCGUUCUUCUCUUUCAUCACUUUCGAAUUCUCUGGGAGAUUCAAUUGAGGAUAAUGUCAGAAGAUUGGAGAGCAUGGAUGGUGAAGUUGUGUUUGUGAGGAAUGAAUCCAGCAGCAGCAGCUGCGUGGAUGAAGCACUCAGCGAACCGGGUUCGAGCAAGUCCAGUAAUAGCAGCUUUGGUGGUUUUGAAAACUCCUUGUUGAGUCAUAGAGAAAGACGUGAUGAGUCGACCAAAAAGGGGACUAAAGGCUGGUUAAAAAAGCUAAGCGCUCUAAGGCAUGUUCUUCAUAGACACAAUGACUCCAGAGAAGGUGAAUCAGUAGGAUCGCCGUCGAGGAGACUUGCUCGGGUUCAUUCUUAUAAGAAGCAUUUCAAGGAGCUCUCCACUCUCUAUGUCGGCCAAGAAUUCUCAGCGCAUGAUGGAUCGAUCUUAACCAUGAAGUUCUCUCAUGACUGGAAACACUUGGGCACUGCAGGUGAAGAUCGUGUUGUUCGUGUCUGGGAAAUAACCGAGAAGGAGAGAGCAGAUGGAUUUGAAGUGACAGAGUCUGAUUCAGGCUCUUACGCUUACUUUAGAACGGAUGAUGGUCUUUCCCGGAUUGAGCCUCUUAAUUCUGAAAAGAAGAGAAGAUUAUUGAAGAUGUCAUCUGAUCUGACUUGUGUCGUAUUGCCCCCAAAGGUCUUUGCAAUAUCGGAGAUUCCUCUGCAUGAGUUUCGGGGACACACUGGUGAAAUCUUGGAUCUUUCCUGGUCACAGAAAGGGUUGCUGCUGUCUUCCUCUGUGGACAAGACUGUCCGUUUGUGGCGUGUAGGUUCCCAUGAAUGCCUCAAAGUAUUCUCCCAUAAGAAUUUUGUUACAUGUGUUGCGUUCAACCCGGUGGAUGAAGAUUACUUUAUCAGCGGUUCAAUAGACGGGAAAGUUCGAAUGUGGGAUGUGUCCCACUGCCGGGUGGUUGACUAUACUGAUGUAAGAGACAUUGUUACAGCCGUCUGUUAUCGUCCUGACGCUAAGGGUGCAGUGGCUGGAACCAUGAGAGGAGACUGUCGAUUUUACCAGAUACUGUAUGAUCAAUUGCAGCUGGACAGAGAGAUCAGUUUACAUGGGAAAAGGAAGGAAGUGCCAAGCAAAAGGAUAACUGGUUUACAGUACUUCCCAGGCGACAUUGACAAACUGAUGGUCACUUGUGCUGAUUCACAAAUCAGGAUACUGAGUGGAGCUGAUUUGAUAUGCAAGCUUAAAGGAUAUAGCCUAUUGACAACAUUGAGCACUGCUUCUGCCUCAUUCACAUCGGACGGGAAGCACAUAGUCUCGACAACAGAGGACUCAAGUGUGAAUGUGUGGAGCUACUCCUCCUCUCAACCCAACCAGAAGGCUUCUUCUUCUUCUUCUAGUAAGAAACCCAAAAGCAUAAGAUCAUGUGAGAGGUUUGUGUCAGACAACACAUCAGUAGCAGUACCAUGGGGGCCAGUGGACAAGAACAGGUUGGGUUUAGGGUUCAUCUCAGAUGGAUUAUUACUACCUCAGUGCCCUUCUUCUUCUUCCCUUGACUGUUUGAGAGGAUCAUCAACCACUUCUACUACCACAUGGCCUGAAGAGAAGCUUCCAAGAGUGGAAAGCCCAAACAUGAAGUUGUUGUUGAGGAAUGGUUGGCCUCACCAUCACCACCACCACCACCUUUGGGGGCUUGUUAUCGUUGCUGCCACUUGGGACGGCAAAAUCAGAGCUUUUCACAAUUACGGCUUACCCGUUCGGGUUUAACACACACGUCCUCCUUUCGACGAGAGUUUGUAUAGGAAUGGUCUCCUUUUGAAUGAGUUUGUGCAUUGCAUUGUGUGUAUAUGUUUUGUUUGUUCUUCUUAUUAGUUGAUUAAGCUGCAACUUACAGUGAACAA